AAUUAAUAAUAUACAAAUAAAAAACCAGCUGUAAUAACCUGUAAAAAAUAGUUAUUGUUUUAAAAAAUGAAUGCCCGACAUUUAUAUCGAAUAUGCACGAGGCCAAUCUUUUAUGCUACAUUAAGUAAGCGAAACAAAGGAUACAAAAUCGUAAAAAGACCAGAUCCCAAUACUUUGAAAAUGCCUGCUCCUGGUACUGCGCCCAGUUUGAUGGAGAUUAUAAAAGAAAAACUACGAUUAAAUGGACCUUUGACGGUUGCGGAAUAUAUGCACAUUAUUUCUACAAAUCCAACUGAAGGCUAUUAUAUGAAAAAAGAUAUAAUAAGUGAAACCGGCGACUUCAUAACUUCGCCGGAAAUCAGCCAACUUUUUGGAGAGAUUCUUGCAAUUUGGUUUUACGCGGAGACUCAAAAGAUGGGCUCAGGUAAACCUCUACAACUGGUUGAACUUGGACCUGGUAAUGGUACACUAUUAGUGGAUAUCUUAAGGGUUAUUAAUCGACUUGGCUAUAAAUCAGGGGACUUAUCCUUACAUCUUGUUGAGAUAUCAGAGACAAUGCAAAUGUUACAAGCCCAAAGACUAUGUCUUACACAUAAAGCUACAAACAUUGAGUCACCACACUACUAUGAGGGUCAAACAAUAAGUGGAAUCAAAGUUUACUGGUACAAUGAUUUGAAGAAAGUACCAAAUAACUUCUCAUGGUACAUGGCACAUGAAUUCUUUGAUGUACUGCCUAUACAUAAGUUUGAAAAAACAGAAGAUGGUUGGAGAGAACUUCUAAUAGAUAUGGAUGACAAUGGAAAGUUAUACUACAGGAUAUCAGGAAAAGAAACACAAUCAUCAAAAGUUCUGAUCCGACCACCACUGGAUGCCGGAGAUAGAACAGAAUUAGAAAUAAGUGCAAGAAGUUUAGGGAUCGCUAGACAAUUAGCACAACGAGUUGACCAACAUGGUGGUUUGGUUUUAAUUGCUGAUUAUGGACAUGAGGGGGAGAAAGGAGAUACAUUUAGAGCCUUUCAUAAGCAUAAAGUAGUAAAUCCAUUAGAAAAUCCCGGUGAAUGUGAUCUCACUGCCGAUGUAGACUUCAGUCAACUUCGGAUAGCAGCUUCCAAAGCACCGGGUGAUGAAAAUUAUGCUAUUGUCGCUGGACCUGUGAAGCAGAAAGACUUUCUAGAAAGAUUACAGGCAAAGGCUAGGUUACAGGUGUUAAUGGAUAAUGCCAAGUCUGAAGAAGAUAAGGAAAAAAUAAAAAGCGCAUAUGAAAUGCUUGUGGAUCCAAAUAAAAUGGGCGAAAGAUUCAAGUUCUUGGCUUUUUAUCCAUCGACGAUGGGACCUAUUUUAGAAAAAUUCCCGCCUCUAGGAUUCGUCGAAGAAAAGGAAAAUGCUAAUGAAAAAUAGUCUAUCUUUACUAAUGAUUGCUUAAUAUGUUUUUUAGUUUAUAGGUAAUAAAUAUAUAUGUUGUUAAU